UCAAACACGCCCAAAAAAACUAAAGCUCAUCAGAAAUGGCUGCAGCCUACAGACUAGCCUCGGCCCUCUCCCUUCUCUUCCUCCUCGCCKCCGUUUUACGCUCUUCCGAUGCUGCCGGAAUCGCCGUCUACUGGGGCCAAAACGGCGGUGAAGGCUCUCUCGCUUCCACCUGUGACACCGGAAACUACCAAUUCGUUAACCUUGCAUUUCUCACUACCUUCGGCGGCGGCCAGACUCCGGUCCUCAACCUCGCCGGCCACUGCAAUCCCGACAACAACGGCUGCACCUUCUUAAGCAACGAAAUCAGAUCCUGCCAAUCUAAAAACAUCAGAGUCCUUCUCUCCAUCGGCGGAGCCGUUGGAAGCUACUCCCUCUCUUCAGCGGAUGACGCUAGACAAGUCGCUGAGUUCCUUUGGAACAACUUCCUGGGCGGACAGUCCAGCUCCCGCCCCCUCGGCGAUGCUGUUUUGGAUGGCAUUGACUUCGACAUCGAGUCCGGCUCCGGGCAGUUCUGGGACGAACUUGCCCGCCAGCUGAAGAGCUUCGGCCAGGUUGUUCUCUCCGCGGCCCCCCAGUGCCCGAUCCCCGAUGCCCACCUGGACGCGGCGGUGAGAACCGGGUUGUUCGAUUUGGUUUGGGUUCAAUUCUACAACAAUCCGUCGUGCAUGUUCGCCAAUGGCAACGCGGACAGCCUCCUGAAUUCUUGGAACCAGUGGACAACGUUUCCGGCGGGGAGCCUCUUCAUGGGGCUGCCGGCGGCGCCUGAGGCUGCUCCUUCCGGCGGCUUUAUUCCGGCGGAUGUGCUGAUUUCUCAAGUUCUUCCGGCGAUUAAAAGUUCUCCCAAAUAUGGAGGAGUUAUGCUGUGGAGCAAGGCAUUUGAUAAUGGGUAUAGUGACGCCAUUAAAGGCAGCCUCUGAAUAAUCAUAAAGUCUUCGGAGCCAUUAUUAAGUAAAAAAUAAGAAAUGGGGUUUCUUGAGCCCUUUUUUUUAGUGUUACAUUUUCAUAUUUUAAUUCAUGUGACUCAAUAUAUAAAAUUUUAUUUUAUAUAUUGAGUAGAAUUAUCAUAGUUCUAUCCAUUGUUGGUUCAAUUU